AUGUACCGACGACCCGGAGCUGCGCGCGCGUCCAUCCGCGGCCAGCGCAAGAUCAACCACCACCAGCAGCAGCAACUACCGCCGCAGAGCAAGAAGGCGCCGCGCGCCGUGAUCGGCGUGUCGUCCAUGCCGCUGUCCAGCCGCUUCACGCACUUGGCCGAGGAGACGGCGCCGCGUCCGACGCAGCAGAAGAAGCCGCAGCACCAGGUGACGGUGGUCAAGGUGCAGCCCAAGAAGGGCAAGGCCGCUCAGCCGGUGCUGCGCGUGGCUGGAGGCAAGAAGAAGAACGGCAAGACGCCCGCCCCCACCAAAAAGCAGAUCCAGCAACAACAGCAGCAAAAGCUGCAGCAGGUCGCCCAGAACAACCGCAACAAGCGCCAGCAGGUCGUCGGCAAGCACAGGAAGGGCCUCGUGCAGCAGGACACCAAGCCCAAGGGCAACCAGAACAAGCCGCCCACGAACAAGAACGCGGCCCCGCAGCAGAACGGAGGCAGGGGCGCGGGGCGUGGCGGCCGUGGAGGCCGCGGAGGUCGCGGAGUGCGCGGAGGGCGCGGAGACGGCAAGUCCAAGCCUCCUAGCGGAGAAGACCUCGACAUGGAGAUGGACGAGUACUGGCACGAAGCUGGCAAGGGCCCCGAUCCGAAGGCAGUGCAGCUCGACCGUCAGAUGGAGGAGUACUGGGCUGCCAAGCCGACGCAAGAAAACGCCGCCGCUACCAAGACGGAGGCGGAGCCAGCUCAAGACACCAACAUGGAGUCUUGA